AACAGCUUCCGAGCCUGUCUGGGCCUGUUGUCUAGUCUCGUCAUCAGAGUGUUUUACUAUCUUACGAUGAUAGCGUUAAAAAACCGACGACCAGUAUCACUCGGUGAAGAUGAGACGCAUGCAGCAGUUAUUCCGUCUGGCCUCAUAACGCGAUGUCAUCCACUCGGUUGGUCAAAUUCAAACUCCUUCGCACUGGUUCCUUGUGCGACCUCGCAGUCCUGGUAGUAUUACUGCUAUCUACCCAUACACGCGCGCUCGUAACAUUCACAAGGUUCCUCAGCAGUCGAACAAGUGACGUGUGCCAAAAUAACUCAUGAAAAACAAGUGAGUGUUUGCAAUUUGAUAACAAACACUCAGCCGGUAGUUUGUGUAAUCGUGUGUAAAAAUGAAACCGUUCAAGGCUUUCCGGGGAUAAUACCGAAAUGAUUUGAUUUAGUGCUAGGCUUGACGCAACGAGAAACGGUCCCCAUUUAGUGAUGGUGUUCUAAGCCAAAGGAUAGUGAACUUCGUCGACAACGAGCAGCAAGUGUUUGCUCCGAACACUACUGGUGUACACCUGUGAUAGUGCUGCGUACUAUUGACUGUUUGAUAACAAAACAGAGAGUGACACUUUAUGCUGUGACAUAAUUUCAACUGGACAUUGUGGCGAAAUGUUUCAAAAAUGUAGAAUUUUGUGGUUAAAAUGUUGACGGAAGGCAGUAACUGCCUCCAAUUGUUAGGUGUUCCAACUUAACAUUUGAGCAGUUGCGAAUCUUGGUGUGCGACCUAGUAACUUUGAACAAAAGUAGUUAGCACACAACUCACACACCAGCCGCUUGUUGUUCCCCGAUCAAAAGUGAACGACUAGCCCCAUCCAUUGGUAGUGGACGUCAGCCAGUUCCGGCCAACCGAUAUUGUUUGGGACACAUACAGAGAGGGAGGAAGAAAGAAAGAACGAGCGAUUUUCUGCAAUACAACUCAAAUCUCGGGUAAAAAUAAACCAAUCAAGCCGUGGGAAGCCGCCGUGCGUCAGAACCGAUUUUUCAGUGUAACCGUGUGACGGAAAAUUAUUCCGCUUGUCUGUCUGCAGAGCGAAUAUCGAAGGAGAUUCCCGCGAAGAACGCUGUGAUUUUUAAGUACUCCGUGAGCUAUAUUGCAAUUGCUGCUUGAAGGCAACGCUCGAAGUGCCAGUUAAGUGUUACUCUCCGAGAAGAUGUGGUUGUGCUUCAAAGGACGAAAAGCUUGACACGACUAGGUUCGUGAGAAUAAUAUUUUUUUACUCCAGUGGAUCGUGUUCCUAGAACGUACUUUUACCCUUGGGGUACACUCCUGUGACAUUAUCAGAGAGAGAGAAAGAAAAGCUCGUGUAUUCGUGCGUUAGCCCGUCCCGAAACCGGCUUGAUGAAAAGAAAACCAGUGCUAACCGAAUUGAACCAACUGAUUGCGACACCUAUGUAUUACAUCCGGAAAAAAGAUUUUCCCAGUACAGUAAGCAAAAGUCAACGGUACUCCCCAAAGGAUCCCCGCCUCAGAUCUACCCAGCUCAAGUUAUCGACGUUAAUACAAGUGAAUAACGCCACCACCCGCCAGAGGACCAUACGUGCCACAAGAUCAGUUCCAACGAAUCAGGAGUCAAAGUAACGGUGUUGCUUUUUUGCCAUUCCUGCGCCAGCGACGCCACCAGCAUCGCACCUCGAUCCUCGCCAACGUCUGCUUGUGUGUAUUUUUGUUUUUGCGCAGCGCAAAGAAGAAAACAGUCACAGUAAACUUCGUAAGCGAUAGAACAACAGCAGGUACCGUCAGUCACCGCGACAUACCGCGCUCGUUAAGAACAUUUCGGAUUGCUUUCGAGGUCUAGGGCAGUGCUAGUAUUCUAUUCUUGUUUGGCUUGGCGCACACGCACACGCAGACCAACGUCAACGGUCCAAAAGGUCGACUUGCUAGCGCUCAGCUGGGCCACAAAGUCUCCUCACGUUGUAUUCUAUUCAAGUCCAAGUCCUAUCUGGCGUUGCGAAGGCUUCCGUGCCUAAAUACGAGUGCUGGAUGUGCUUUGCUAGUUGCCUACAACGCGGAAUCGCUGUUGAUGUUUGGAAACUAUUCCAGUAGAGCAAAAUUUGUGUAAAAAAUUGUAUUAAUAGAUCGAAAGUUUCGGAAAAGUGGCUCACGGCGCAUGCCAAUCAAAAGUAAAAGUCUUAAUCGGUCGUUUGAAAACAAAUAUUCGAAGAGCGAACAGGAGCGCGAUAAUAAAUAGCCGCGUAAAAUGGUCGUCCAAAUCCAAAUCACCGACAUUAGUGAUAACGGUUAUUCGGCCCAAAAUGACACAAAUGACAAAAAGCGAAAUAACAACAACAAUCUGAACGGAACAUCACGUUUUGGUAAAGAGCAGCUGGAAUCCAUCAAAACUACCUUACUCAAUGCAAAUGAGGUAACUUUUUGUAAUCUUUCAGAUGAUGAGAGAGACAGCGAUCGACGCAUGAUGUCUCAGUUGACCGUAUUCGAUCCUGCCAGGAAGAAGACUCGCCUCAAUUCCGAACUAUCGGAAGCGGAUUCAAUUAUUUCCUCCUACCAUGAACCGAUGAAAAAACCAAAACCUAAAAUACCGGACGGUGGCUAUGGCUGGGUGGUGGUGCUGGCGUCGUUGAUCAUCUCACUAAUUAUGGACGGUAUCUCGUUUUCCUUCGGUCUGAUCUACACCGAACUGUUGUACUACUUCAAGGAGUCGAAAUCGAAAACGGCAUGGAUCGGUUCACUCUUCAUCGCCGUUCCACUGCUGGUUGGACCUAUAAUGUCGAACCUUGUAGACAGGUUUGGCUGUCGCAAGAUGACCAUGAUCGGAGGGCUUGUCGCAACGAUUGGUUUCGUGCUGUCAUCCUUAUGCCAAUCCGUCGAGCAGCUGUACUUAACGUUUGGUAUUAUCUCAGGGUUGGGUCUGGGAGUCGGAUACGUUACCGCCGUGGUUUCGAUCGCCUUCUGGUUCGACAAGAAACGUACGUUUGCGACGGGAAUAGGCGCCUCGGGAACUGGCAUCGGUACCUUUCUGUACGCGCCAUUAACUCAGUGGUUGAUUGAGAACUUUGGUUGGCGUGGAACCACUCUAAUUCUCGCGGGAACAUUAGCCAACCUAUGUGUGAUGGGGGCUCUGAUGCGGGACCCCGACUGGAUGAUAGAGGAAAGUAAGUUGGAAAGCCGAUCUCAGAGCAUGCAGACCUUCUCCAACUCUAGCGUUUGUCUGACCGAACUUAAAAAACUACUCGAAACGGGAGUUCCAAAAGAGCACCUCUUGGACACACUCGUUACAAACGUGAAUACCGAGGCGAAUCAGGUGAUCCCACCUGACAAUCCUGCAAUUUCCAAGAAAUAUCAAAGUGAACUAACACUGCCAACAUUUUUCAAACAUGAACAUAACCUGCUCCAUCCGCAUCCUCAAAGCGGCAGUCGCCGCUCUCUACGCCAGAUUAUCCUCGCAAAGGAAACCUUCCAAAAACUGCAAGAAGAACCCUCACCAGUAGAGGAAACCCAACCAUUCCAAGCUAAACUCGCGAGCUCCGAAACGUUGAGCCCCAGCGAAAAGCUCUCCAGCUAUCCGGGCGACGAAGAAAGCCACGAAAGCCAUGGGGUAAAACUCACCCCGCGAACCCUCAGUGUAACCUCGCUGGAGGAAAAAUACCUCAGCAGUGAACGACAGCAGGAGCUGCAAUCCCGUGGUGGUGGAAGCACAUGGUCCCUGGAUGAGGUGGCCAUCGCGGCGAAAAACGCCGAAGACGAGGAAAGUCGUCGAUCCUUCCGUGGGACAUCGCUGGACGUUGUCUACGAGAAUGAGAUCUUCAAUCCAAACGUGAACACAGCCGUUACGCUGAUGGUUCCCAACCAGAGGAAACUGAAACCGAAACAGCGUGACGGGCUGCGAAGAGCUCAGCCCCACAAUCACUCAGUGAGGUACUCGAACUUCCUGAAGGAUAUGCGCGUUCACAAAAACUCGAUUCACUACCGCGGGGCUAUUCUCAACACUCCCCGCUAUCGUUUGAAGGCUUCGUCGUGCCCUAACAUCUAUCGAAACUCCAUGACAACUAUCGCAAGGGAAAAGGAUGAGAUUUUCAUUAUGCCUUCAUACUCGUAUAUACUGAGAACAUGGUACGACAGUUUUAUCGAGGCGCUGAAAACUAUGUUCGAUUUUUCGCUGUUCUUCGAGUACAAGUUUGGCAUGAUGUCUCUAUCGACAUUGCUGUUGUUCAUUUGUUACAUCAUUCCAUACUUCUAUAUCCCAGACUACAUGAUCGCAAGCGGUUUCACCGAGAAUGACGGAGCGAAUACGAUAUCGAUUGUAGGUAUCACCAACACGAUUGGCAUGGUAGGACUGGGCUGGCUCGGCGAUCAACCAUGGGUUGACGUUACCAAAGCGUACGCGGUUUGCUUAGUUGUAUGUGGUGCUUCGAUCGCGAUGAUGCCUUUUGGAGUUGUCUACUUACCAACGAUGACAUUACUGAGCAUCAUUUUUGGGUUCACAUUCGCGAGCACUUUUUCCUUCACACCGAUCAUUAUGGUGCGGUUGGUAAGUUUGGACGACUUCACGAUCGCCUACGGUUUGUGCCUGCUGGUACAGGGAAUUGGGAGCCUGGUUGGACCACCAAUUGCCGGGCUAGUCUAUGACAUCACCGAACAGUGGGACGUUGCGUUCUACUUCGCUGGAAUUCUCAUCGUCCUGGCGGGAGUGUGCGCUUGGUCUAUCGGCGAACUGAAACCAUCCAGUGACGACGAUGAGGAUACGAACGAGAAAGAAAGCGAAGCGCUGAGUUCCACCGUGACAGAGUAGAGCCCGGGAAAAGCCAUCCUACACGAAACAAACAACAGUACUUAGAAAUGACAUUUAUAGUAUAGUUAAGUAAUAUAGUUGCCCGUUUCAUGUAUUCAAUUUCAUACGAGGUCAGUCUCUCCACACUUUAUCUACCUCAAAAGGUUUUGGAAACAGUUUUUAGGUGACCAAACGAGUGAUUUCAAUGUCACCAGCCGCGCUUUCUGGUCGUCAAUGAAUACAUUGUGAACGGAAUGUGAGAAAACGAACAAAAUGUGCAACGGAAGCGACAGCAUGCCUUAACACUUCUCCUUUUCAUGGAAAUCUGUUGCCUUCAACCCGAUCAAUUCAAUGUUUAGGCUAAUUUUGCUGUGCUAGAAAAUAUUAGAAGGUACUACUAUUACGGAGUUACGGCUUAAGUAGCUAUCCGGUUUUUUUGCAAUACAGGUUCAGAGUUGAAAACUAAUAGCCGUACUUAGUGAGAGUGUUAUAUAGAUAAAAGAAAAAGAUAGAAUUUAAAUUAUAUUUCGAUCAAAGUGUUAUUAGACAUAAUAUUUUGUCAGUAUUUCCUAUGCUGAAGCUGCACAGAAGAAGCAGAUUAGUUUCGAGGGAUAUUUUGUCACUUAAUAGUCACCAUUAGCGAAUUAAAAUUUCUUCUAUUGAUCAAUACAAGUACUUAUUCAGUAGUUACGAAAACUGUGCUAUUUAUUUGAACUCAUUUAGAUAUGAAUUUUUUUCUAUCAUAAUACACGU